AUGUCGACCUUCAAGUCUGGUUCGUCGUCGGUAUCGCCCUAUGUCGAUCCCACCCCGCUGCCCUCGGACGUUCCCCAUGUCGAUGAGAUAGGUGUUACUUCGGCGCCUCUCAAGAGUGCUGCGUUCUUCAUUGGGGCCCAUUGCAAGGAGUAUAACGACGACUUUAUGCUUUGCAAGAAGGAAUCUCCUGAUCCAGCACACUGUUUAAAGGAAGGUCGACGGGUGACGAGGUGCGCGGCCGACUUGAUCGAGAAAAUGAGGGCUAGCUGUGCUGCAACAUAUGAUGCGCACUGGCAGUGCUUGGAAAACAACAACCAGGAAUUCUACAAGUGCCGAAAGCCCGAACGAAAACUGAACGAUUGCAUCUUUGAAAACUUGGGAUUGAAAAAGACGAUCCCCGGCGCACCGACACACAAGCCGCAAGUGCAUGAGCUCACUAACCCGAUUUACAAGCGCCAACAAAAGUGA